UUGUGGAAGAUGCCAACUGAGCGCAUGAUGGAGGGCAGCGGCAGGUACAUUUCCAAUACAUAUUUGGAAGAAUUGAACGAAUCAGAUAAUGACGAACAGAUUAUAAGGAGGAAGAUUAACGAGUAUGCUUUCAAGUUAAAUAACGAAAUGGAACGUCACUCGAGUCAGUCCAUAUAUUGUGGAUUGGGUGGAAUCCUCUAUAUGGAUAUCAUCCUGUACGAAGGUAACGACGAUUACACAUUUUUACAAUUUGGAAAUAACAUAGUAAAGAAAAUAAAUUCGUACAGAGGGAAAGACACAGUUAGUUUUCUAGAGGGACCUAGUGGAUUGUACAGCUUGGCUAGCGUGCUGCAUUACUAUUUGGAAAACCAUUCAAGUGUAGAUACGUAUAUACAAUUCUUGGUGACUUAUUUGAAAGAUAAGAAGGAAGAACUGGUAUCCAUAAGUGGAGAAUGUGAAUUGCUAUAUGGAAAAUGUGGUUGCAUAUAUUCCUUCCUGUUCUGUAGGAAUAUAUGGAUUAAAUCAGACCAUAGGUAUACCAUAUUGCAGAAUUUGUAUAUCAUUAUGUCGUCUAUAUUUGAAUAUGGCUUACUAAAAGGUUCCACUAUGUGGAACGUGACAUCUCUUUCGCUCUACUUCGAAUGGCAUGAACAGAUUUACCUCGGUGCUGCCCAUGGGUAUGCAGGUAUUUUCCUCGUGUUGUACAAAAUGAUAAUGUUUUUUCAUCACAAUUUGAAAGAGCUAUGCGAAGCGUUGCUAGGAGUUGACAACAUCGCCAUCUCAGAGGUUGAUGAGGCAAAGUACAAAAGGUGCAGAAGCAACACCAUGGAAAAGCUUAAUGAAUAUCUGUACUUAAUAUAUCAAGUAACUGAUGAAAUUAUGAACUUAUACCUUACGGAGGAUGGUAAUGUUUAUUCUUCCAUUAAGAAAAAUAAAUCUCAAAAAAAAAAUGAUGCGUUAGUUCAGUGGUGCCAUGGUAAUAUCGGCUUCGUCAUCUUAAUAAUUGAGUUGUUGAAAUGUCCGUUUGCCCCCAACUAUUUCGUCAAUAAGUAUAGCAAAAGAUAUUUGGAAAAAAUGGGCCUUCUCAUAUGGGAACGAGGGUUACUAUUCAAAGGGAUGGGACUUUGCCACGGCAUAGCAGGCAACGGGAUCGCUUUCUUGUACCUAUAUAAACAUACGGGCGAGAGGAAGUGGUACAUUAAAGCCUUGAAGUAUGCCCUCUUCUGUAUUAAACAUUUUGACCGAUUUUACGGCGUGCCAGACAGGCCCAACUCGCUGUUCGAGGGGUAUGCGGGGUUGGUUGUGUUCCUUAACUUUGUUUUGAGACCCGACUCGACUUACUUCCCAGCCUACGACACCCCCCCCGAUAUGCCUCCAAUGCUGGGCUCGCAGGAUUAG